AUGGAGAAGCACAUCGAACUACAGAGGUUCAACCAUGAGCCUCUGCGGCCGAGGGGCCGGGGCUCCAUUUCGGAAGGCAAAGGCCAGCAGUUCGAUCACGACAGAUAUGAAUUGGCGAAAGUGGGAAAGAAGCAGGUGUUGAAGCGUCGCUUCGGACUGGUGUCUAUGACCGGUCUCUCUUGCGGGUUGAUGUGCACCUGGGAGACUUUGCUUGUUAUCUUUUCAAUAGGCUUCCAAAACGGCGGACCUGCUGGUCUCAUCUACGGCUUCAUACUGAUAUGGCUGGGCAACUUCUCCGUCUUUGUCUGCAUUGGUGAACUUGCAAGCGCCGUCCCGACUUCUGGUGGCCAGUAUCACUGGGUCUCUUUACUGGCGCCGCGCUCAAACAGGAAGUUCCUCAGUUACGUGACUGCCGACUUGAUCCUGCAGUUGGUCAGUCUGAAUGAUCUCGAGAACACAUAUAUCCGCGAAGGCUGGCACGGCACGCUGCUUCUCUGGGGUAUACUGCUCUUAUGUGUCUUCAUCAACGUCUUUAUAAGCGGAGCGCUUCCCACGAUCGAAGUCGUCGUCCUCAUCGUCCACAUCCUUGGCUUCUUUGGCAUUCUAGUGCCACUGAUCUACUUGCCAUCGAGCCACAAUUCGGCCAAGAGGAUCUUCACAAUGUUCCAUAACGAAGGAGAGUGGAGCACGCCGACUCUGGCGUUCUUUGUGGGACUACAGGGCAAUGCUCUGGCGUUCGUUGGAACUGACUCAGUCGUUCAUAUGUCUGAAGAGGUAAAAAAUGCCAGCACCGACGUUCCACGUUCAAUGCUUCUCAGUCUCGUCAUUAACGGCACAUUGGCUUUAGGAAUGCUCUUCGCCGUUCUCUUCAGCGCCCACGAUAUCACAGACUUACUCAGCGACCAAGAAGCGACAACCGCGCCUUUUCUCCGCAUCUUCACACAGGCUGUCGGUUCCGAGGCCGGUGCUACAAUCAUGGUUGCAAUCAUCGUCCUACUCGAAUUCUGCAGUGCAAUGGGGUGCCUUGCAGCUGCAUCGCGCAUGACAUGGUCGUUCGCACGAGACCGCGGCCUUCCUUUCUCUCGCGCUCUCAGUAUGAUCGACAAACGAAGCACCAUCCCCGUCGUCUCCAUCCUCGUCGUAACCGUCUUCGCCGCCCUUCUCGCCCUCAUCAACAUCGGCAACAGCGCCGCCUUCAACGGCACAAUAUCCCUCGUCCUAGAAGGCUUCUACCUCUCCUACCUCCUCGCCAUCGGCCUCCUCCUCUGGCGCCGCGUCCGCGGCGACCUAGACAACCCAGACUCUUCGCAUACUAUCUUCAACGAAGCGCAAGUGGACGAGGCGUACGAUCGCAGUCUGACCUGGGGUCCGUGGCGUCUCAAGGGUGCAUGGGGCGUUGCGAAUAAUGUUGUUGCCAUUUGCUACCUUACUCUCAUCAUCUUCUUCAGCUUCUGGCCUAGCCAGCCCCAUCCGGAUCUAGUAAACAUGAAUUGGGCGGGUGUGGUGACGGGGGCGGUGGCCGCAUUUAGCGUGGCGUACUACUUGUUGUUUGCGAAGAAGUCGUAUACUGGGCCGAUUGUGGAAGUAGAUCCUCAUGUGUUGUGA